CAGCAAUCGGUAGUUCGUGAUGGUCUUACAUGCAUGCUGAGUUCUCCAAUGCCUUGCUUUUUUGUCCUUGUAAGGAGAAUAUAUGCAAAACUACUUGUCAUUUCUUCUCCACAACGUGCUGAUGAUGAAUCUCCAGCAAUGGCAGUUUCUGUAGCGGUAACAGUGAAAGAGGAGACUCGAGGAAACGAAGUCUGCGGCUAAUUUAUUGUGGGAGGGGGAAGUCUUAGACGCAGCAUUUAACUCGCUACUGUCCCGUAAAGAGAAGAGGAAGGAAGAGAAUAGUUCGUCUUCGAUGGCCUCUCCCUUCUCCUGUCCUUCGUCCUUUUCCCUCCCCUCUCCUCCUCCCCUUCCUCCUCGCUCUCCUGUAUUCGAUCCGAUUCCCGAGCAUGAGAAAGAAGAAGAAGAGGAGGAAUCGCAGCAACUGGAAGUCGUGCCUAAAGAACAGCCAUCGAGCGCAUCCGUAAGCGGAAGUCCAUACGUGCAUAACCCCACGCCGCUCCACUCCUCCGUCACCGCUUCCUCAGCGGCGACAAGCGCACCGACGGCCACUCCGCGGCGACCCUCCCGGUGCAGAGGCCAGGAGGAGAGCGAGGUCGUGUCCGUCUCCUGCAACAAGUGCCGCCCCACCUCUCGUGACAAGCUCAUAACAGUCGUCCCCCUCGAUAACGCCGCUGGCCAGCAUCAACACCCCAUGGUGUCUUCUUCUCCCAGCCUCCGCGGCCUCCGAUCUCUCUUCCUCUCCCUCACCGGCCGGAGCCCUGCCGCCGCUUCAGCCACACCAGUUUCCGACGUUCACGAGGACCAAUGGCGCCUCGCAGCGGCGGAGCUGUCGCGGAAACUCGUCCACGCUACCCGAAAACGCGAUGAAGCCCUCGUUGAGGCCUCCCGCCUCAAGUACUCCCUCGCCGAGCUGGAGCGAAAGGUCGAACGCCUCGAGUCGCACUGCCGCGACCUCGGAGCCGCCCUCCAACCGGGCCCGGCUACCGGCUUACCCCCGUUCUCUGCUCCUUUCACCGCCGAGGUCUUCCACCUCGCCGUCGCCGACGCCCACACGGCCGUGCGCCACCUCGCCCGCUCGCUGAUCUCGCAGGUCCGGCUUGCCGGGCCAGGCUCACGGUCCUCCGACCGGGUCGCGACGCUGAUCCAGCCGUACGAUCCCCGGGCCGCGGUCCAGUGGCGGAGGAACCCAAGCGGGCUGCUGUUCUACAUGGAGGCGCUACUGAACCGGGUCCUGUACGCCGGAUUCGAGGAGGAGGACGAGGAGGAGUCCGACCUGAUCGACCCGGCGGCACGGUGCGAGGCCAGCCGGACGGGCUACGAGGCCGUCCGAGGGCUAGGCUGGGACGAGGUUCUCAGCAAAGGCACGAGGCACUACAGCGUGGGGCUGAGCCGGUUCUGUGACCGAAAGAUGAGCGAGGUGGUGGCGAUGGUGGGACGCACGCGGCCGUGGCCUGAGGGGCUGCUGCAGGCCUUCUUCGGGUCGGCGAAGGGGGCGUGGGUGGUCCGGCUCAUGGCCCGGUCAGUGCACCCGGCGAUCCCGACGCUGAGGGCGAACAGAGGGGCGAGGUUCGAUGGCCGGUUCAUGGAGGACGUAGCGGCCGACAGGGUCAAGCGGCUGACUCCGGUGGGCGUGCGGAUGAUGGUGGCGCCGGGGUUCCACGUGUACACCGGCGGGGUGGUGAAGUGCAAGGUGCUCUGCGUGUACAACAGCGGCAACACGGAGUGCAGCAUCGACAGUUGCAGCGGAAGGAACACUUCCGAGAGACCGCAGCAGCAGAAGAGGCAGUCGAUGUGAGUGGGAGAAGCAGUGGCCAACAGUCGUGCAGGGGAUGUGAAUACUAAGAAUCUAAUGAUUCCAAGAAGCAUGCUGUGUAAUGAUCCCAAGAUUUCGGAAAUGCUUCUGUUUUCAGCUUGCUUUGUUUUUUUUUUUCUUUUGUUUUCUUUUUAAUACUUGUUUUUAGUAAAAGGCUGUGUAUAUGAAUUUGGAUACUGCUUUUUUGUUUGAAGAAAAUGCACAAUAAUAUUGAUUGUGAAGUAAGAAGGUUUACGAUUAAAUAUGAAUUGAACUCCUUGAAA